GGACUCAAUAAGCUUUUAAAAAUGCCAGAACAAAGUAAUGAUUAUCGAGUAGUGGUGUUUGGGGCAGGAGGUGUAGGGAAGAGCUCCUUGGUCCUACGGUUUGUCAAAGGAACAUUUCGAGACACAUAUAUUCCAACUAUUGAGGACACAUACCGGCAAGUCAUCAGCUGUGACAAAAGUGUCUGUACUCUGCAAAUCACGGACACAACUGGAAGCCACCAGUUUCCAGCCAUGCAGCGACUCUCCAUUUCCAAGGGUCAUGCCUUUAUUCUAGUCUUCUCUGUCACCAGCAAACAGUCAAUAGAGGAGUUGAAGCCAAUCUAUCAGCAGAUCCUACAGAUCAAAGGUAGUAUAGAGAGCAUUCCAGUAAUGCUUGUAGGAAACAAGUGCGAUGAAACACAGCGUGAAGUGGAUACAAAAGAAGUAGAGGCAUUGGCCAAAGAGUGGAAAUGUGCCUUCAUGGAGACCUCAGCUAAGAUGAACUACAAUGUGAAGGAACUUUUUCAAGAGCUACUGAACUUGGAGAAAAGGAGAAACAUGAGCCUAAAUAUUGAUGGUAAAAGGUCCAGUAAGCAGAAGAGGGCAGAAAAAAUCAAGGGGAAAUGCAGUCUCAUGUAA